CCCCACUGCCCCAACACAGUAUCCCACCGUACCGAUCAUUUACUGCCCAAUCGAAAUCCCAGCGUCAACAAACCUAUUUACUAUUUUCUGAACCGAAUUUUACCAACUUCUCACAAAAAUAGUCUCUUUUAGAAUACAACAUUCGAAAUUCUUUGACACGUGGGUGGCCUAAUGGAUACCAAUGGAGAUGCUAAUGAAGGCAUUAUUCUUAAGGUUAACGAGGAUGUUAACGAAGACAUUAAUCUUAAGGUUACAGAAGAUGCUCAUGAAGGCAUUUGUCUUAAGGUUAUGGAGGAUGCUAAUGAAGACAAUAAUCUUAAGGUUAAGGAGGAUUCUAAUGAAGGCAUUAAUCUUAAGGUUAACGAGGAUGCUAAUGAAGACAUUAAUCUUAAAGUUAACGAGCAUGUUGAUAUUUUAAAAGAAGAUUUGAAGCCAGCCGUGAAGAAUCUGAAGAGGACUUAUGCAGCUAUGAAUGGCUUUAUAGAAAUAACACUUUCAAAUGGUCUCAAGAAGGCACAAUGUGUUCAUUGUGAGGAAAAAUUUGUAGUGGAGCCUGGUGAUGAUGGUGGUACGACUCAAUUCAAGAGGCAUGUGCAACAAUGUGAAGGUUGUGAAGAGACCACUAAGAAGCGUUUGAUUAUGUCUUAUAAGACGUGUAGAAUUAAGAAUGACAAUGUGCGCAUACUUAAGAAUUUUAAUUUUGAUCAAGAAAAGGUGAGAGAGGCAGCUGCAGGGAUGGUGAUUGGGAAUGAGUGCUUAUUUAAGAUGUUUAAGAGCAAAGUUUUCAAUUUGUUUGUGAAUUCUUUUAAUCCAGAGUUUGAGAGAAUAUCGCCUAGAAUUGCAAAAGGUGAUUGUCUCAGAAUAUACGAGGAUGAGAAAGAAGAGUUAAAAGAAUUGUUAGAGACUGUUGAUAAGUUGAGUCUUACAGCAGAGUUGUGGCAUGUGGGUAAUAAAACAGUUUAUGUGUGCCUCACUGGACAUUUUUUUGAUUCUGAGAAGAAACUGCAAAGGCGCAUAUUGAGCUUAUGUGAUGUGCCAUCUCCCCGAUCUGGACUUGCAAUUUCUGAUGCUAUUUUCAAGUGUCUGCUGGAUUGGGGAAUUGAAAAUAAAGUGUCUUCAAUUACAGUAGAUUGUUCAUCAGCUAGUGGUGUUGCUUUGGAUCAUUUGAAGCAUAGAAUUGGCUCUAAUGGAAAGCUUUUAUUUGGUGGUAAGGUAUUUCAUCAGCGAUGUUGUGUACAUAUCAUAGAUCUCAUGGCACAGAAUGGACUUAAUGAGAUUCAUGAUUUCGUGGACAACAUACGUAAAAGUGUUAGAUAUCUGCGUUUAUCAAAAAAAUGCCUCCUCAAGUUUACUGAAAUUGUCAAGCAGUUGCAUAUGCCUUCAAAGAAAUUGAUUCUAGAUGAUUCUGCAUGUUGGAAUGCAACAUAUUCUAUGUUAGUGGCUGCAAUGGAGUUUAGAGAAGUAUUUCCUAGAUAUCAAGGUGGAGAUCCAGAUUACACCUGGCUGCCUACUUCAGAAGACUGGGAAAGAGGUGAACAGGUUUGUCAAAUUUUAAAAGUUCUUGUUGACGUAAAAAAGGUCUUUUUAAGAAGUGAAAAUCUAACUGCAAGGGUACUUAUGAAGGGUAUAUGGAAGAUAAGAGAAGUUUUGAGUAAAAAAUCAAUGGCUGAGAAUCCUUAUUUGCAGGCUGUGGUUCUUAAAAUGAAAGGGAUUUUUGACAAGUUUUGGGGUGAACUUCCCUUGUUGAUAGCUUUAGCUACAGUCUUAGAUCCAAGACUUAAUAUGAACUUUCUUGAAUUUUGGUUCCGAGAAAACUAUCCAGAAUUUGAAGCAGAAAGAAAAAUUACCUAUGUUCGUGAUGCCUUAUAUGAGCUUUUCAAUGGCUAUGUUGUCAGUCAAGGUUCAAGCAACAGUGGACAGUGUAUGCAUGGAGAUGGUCCAAAAGGUUGUUCUUCUAGUGUCUGUGUUCAUACUGAAGAUGAUGAGACACUAUCUUCCUCGGACUCGUUUGAGCUUUACAUGGAGCAACGCACUGCUAAAUCUGAUAAGCCUGAGUUAGACAUGUACCUGGAAGAAGGACCCUGUCACAGUGCUUUGGGAUCUGGUUGCAGUGUCUUGGAGUGGUGGAAAGCCAGAAGUUAUGGCUACCCUAUUUUGUCCAAGAUGGCAUGUGAUAUACUGUCAAUACCUUUUGGUGCAACUUCAAGGUCUUCCUUGGGCACUCUGCACAGAAUUGUUGAUCACUAUCACGCAUCUAUGUCAAAGGAGAUGGUGCAGGCAUUGAGUUGUGCAGCAGAUUGGUUAAAUUGCUCUAAUGGAAUUAAAAGUUCCCCAGAUUAUGAAAAAAACUUUGUCAAAGAGAUAUGGCUACCUUGGGGAUUAUAGUUGUUUGCAGGCCCAUGAUGAAACUUCUGUAAAUCAGUUCUGUUAUUGUGGAGGGUGCUAGAAGUGAUUGCUUGUGUUCCAUUAUCUUCAUUUUGUAGGCAUAGGAUGAUGGCAUAUCAAAUUUAAGUUGUUUACGUUUUCUUUGGCAUUUGGUGAAUUGGUGUUGUGUCUAAUCUGUUAUAUUUAAUUGUAAAACCUUAUAUAUACAAUCUGUUUCUGUUCAAUUAUUUUUA